AUGGCGUCUUCUUCAGCACGAAAAUAUUGUGCAAACGUGAAUGGUUGUAAGCAAACAGCCGCCGCUCUUUGUGAAGGUUGUUCUCAAGCUUUAUGUACUAAACAUUUUAUUGAUCAUCGUCGUUUGUUGGACGAAGAAAUGGAUGUAAUCAUUAGUGAAUAUAAUCAAUUUCAAAAUACAUUCAAUAAAGAAACAACUAAUUUUGAUUCACAUCCUUUAAUUCAACAAAUUAACGAAUGGGAAAAAGAAUCGAUCGUCAAGAUUCAACAAAAAGCACAAGAGCUACGACAAGAUCUACUUGAGCAGACCUCUAUUAAUCUGAAGGAAUUAUCAAAGAAGCUUCAGCACUUAUCCGAACAACUAAAGGAAGGUAGAGAACAUGAUAGUUUCGUUGAAACUGAUCUCUGUGAUUGGAAAAAAUCACUCGAUGAUCUAAAAGCAAAUUUAACUUCACCUUCAACAUUUCGAAUUAGUCAAGAUGAUGGAAUUCCAUUAGUGCAGAAUGUUUUUGUUCAUUCAAUUGAAACAAACGAAGUCUUUGAACAAGUAUUUAAUAAUAAUGUUCGAAUUGAAGAAAAUGGAUUAGUUGCUAUUCAUGAUGCAAUUAUUGCUUAUACGGAAAUUCGCGGAAAAACUGAAUACACAUCAGGAAUUAAUUCUAAAUCAACACCUCUACAAAACUUAUCAUAUAGCUCUACAUCAACUUAUGGAUGGGCUAGUAAUAACUUUCUUUGGUUAAAUGGACAACCUCAUUUAGAUACAUCUACUUAUUAUAUUGAGAUGAAAAUCAAUGAUGUAAUUAGUUUAAUUUUUGAUUGUGAUAAUAGCAAAAUUUUGAUGAUUAAUGAACGAACUAAUGCAAAAUUUGAAUUGAUUGUAAAUAUUGAUCAUUGUCCAUUUCCUUGGCAGCUUCAUGUCAUUUUGUACGAAGCAAACAGCCGUGUGCGAAUUUUAUCAAAUUAA